GGGGCGCGGGGAGGGGGAGCUCGAAACAGACAGAGGGGUUCCAGGGCCCCCACAGCCCCUGCCCCCCUCCCAAUCCCCUUUAGUCUGACCAGGGUGGUGUGGUCCCCCAGCGGAGCAUGAGGAUGCUUCAUUUGCAGGGGAGGGAGGGGGGCCUCCAAAGGCCCUUAGGUCCAGGCUCCCAAAUGACCCUGAUGCACCUCUGAAAAGAGGACAUGUUUGCAUCUGGUGCUCAAAACUGGAGGUGUGGGGUUUGCCCCAUAGGGGGCUGGAGUUUGGACCGUGGGGAUUCUGGGCUCUCUUGCUGCUCUUGAGUCAGAUGGGGAGAAGAAGUACCUGCGCUUUCCGGAAUUUGCAGUGACAAACAAUAUGCUGCGUUUGGGAGCUUUUCAGCCCAGUAGCUCAGCAACCUGUACAACAACCCUGCAAGGCAGGCCAGGAUGAUCACCUCUUGGUGGCAGACGGGGAUGGCUGGGAGAGUGCGGCUUGACUGCUUAGUGAGUUUGUGGCAGUGACAAGGCUGGAAGGAGAUUCAGAGUUCAAGCCUUUGCAAGGCCGGGUUUGUGUGAGUGGAUCUCCGUAGAAGUCCAGAGGGUUUGCCGAACCAGAAAAGCCUGCAGAAGGCGCCCGCUCUGAGUGGAUUCCAGCCCGGGCCAGGGUCUCUGGGAGUGGUUUCCCCCCUCUGGCUCAGCUUGUCCUGUGUCUAAGAUGCUUUUAGCGGCAACUUUGGGGACCGUCUUCCUCCUGGGAGCCGUGCCCUCGGUGGCCAGGGAGUCUCGUGGCCACAUCUCGGUGAUCCUCCUCGGUGCCACAGGAGACCUCGCCAAGAAGUACUUGUGGCAGGGCCUGUUCCAGCUCUACUUGGAUGAGGUGAACAAUGGGCACUCCUUCACCUUCCACGGGGCCGCCACUACAGAGCCCAAGCAAGGCCAGAAGGUGAUGUACAACCGCCUGAAGAAACUGGCGUGCCCGCCUGAUGUGCCGCCGGACAGGUGUGCCGUGGUGAAGGACCAGUUCCUCAAGCUCACGGAGUACCGCCAGGUCAAGACCGCAGAGGACUACGCUGCGCUGAGCCAGGAGAUUCAGACUGUCCUUCGUCAGGAGGAACUGGAGGAAGCAGGCCGGAUCUUCUACUUCUCCGUGCCCCCCUUUGCCUACACAGAGAUUGCCCGCCACAUCAACAGCAGCUGCAGGCCACUGCCUGGGGCCUGGCUACGGGUGGUCCUGGAGAAACCUUUCGGCCAUGAUCUCCGGUCUGCCCAGCAAUUGGCUGGUGAGCUGAGGACCUUUUUCCGGGAGGAGGAGAUGUACCGAGUGGACCAUUACCUUGGCAAGCAAGCUGUGGCCCACAUCUUACCGUUCCGAGACCAGAACCGACACCAUUUGGACCCCAUCUGGAACAGGCACCAUGUGGAGCGGGUGGAGAUUGUCCUGAAGGAGACAGUGGAUGUGAAAAACCGCACCGGUUUCUAUGAACAGUACGGGGUCCUUCGCGACAUCCAUCAAAACCACCUGACGGAGGUGCUGAUGUUCCUGGCCAUGGAGCUGCCUGCAAACAUCAGCAGCUCGGAAGACAUUCUCCGGAGCAAGCUGCAAACGUUCACGGCGCUUCAGGCCCUGGAGAGGAGCAGCGCUGUGGUUGGCCAGUAUGGAGCCUACAACGGCCACGUGAGGGAGGAGCUGCAGAAGGAGCAGGGCUAUUUCAGCAGGACGCCCACCUUUGCAGGGGUCCUGGUUCACUUGGACAGCCUGCGCUGGGAAGGGGUCCCCUUCCUUCUCAUCUCUGGGAAAGUCCUUGACGAACGAGUCGGCUAUGUCCGCAUCCUGUUCAAGAACAGAGCUUACUGCAUCCAAAACGAAACAAUGCAGGACGCUGAGAGCAGCCAAUGCAAAGCCAAGCAGAUCAUCUUCUACAUCGGCCAUGGAGAGCUGAAUUCUCCCUCUGUCCUUGUGAGCCGCAAUUUGUUCAAACCUGUCAUGCCGGAGGGCAGCUGGAAGGAAGUCCUGGACCUCCCACACUUGCGUCUCUUUGGGCAGCCUCUCUCUGAGUACUAUGCGUACGUCCCCAUGAUGGAGAGGGAUGCAUAUUCCAUCCUGAUCUCCAGGAUUUUUCAUGGCAAGAAGGACUCCUUCAUCACCACAGAGAAUCUGCUGGCCUCUUGGGAGUUUUGGACCCCGUUGCUGGACAGCUUAGCUAGCGAGGUGCCCCGCUUGUAUCCUGGGGGCCAUGAAAACAAACACCUCCUGGAUUUUGAGAUGGUGGGUAGGCAAGUGUCCUUUGUGGUGACAGAGAUGGUGGAGGUGAUGCACGCUAGGGACGAGCAAAAGCCAGACGCCUACAAGACCAUUCAGUCCAGGUUCCGGCAAAGCCAGUUGAUUACUGCUUGGUCAGAUGAACUGAUCGGCCGCCUGGCGUUGGACAUUGAAGCAGCAGCGGCAGCUGCCAUUGGGAAAUCCAGGGCGUUCCACUUGGCACUCUCUGGUGGCUCGACUCCCCUAGCUCUGUUCAGGCAGCUGGCUGUGCACCACUAUGGUUUCCCCUGGGGCCACACCCAUCUGUGGUUGGUGGAUGAGCGCUGCGUCCCUCUCACCGACCCGGAGUCCAACUUCCGGCACCUGCACGACCACUUGAUCCAGCUGGUCCGGGUCCCCUACUUCAACAUCCACCCUAUGCCAGUGCACCUCAACCGGAGGCUCUGUGUGGAGGAGGACAAGGGCCCAGAGUUGUAUGCCAAAGAGAUCUCAGCGCUGGUGGCCAAUGCCAGCUUCGACCUGGUGCUGCUUGGGGUGGGCGACGACGGGCACACGGCGUCCCUCUUCCCGCGCUCGCCCGUUGGCCUGGAGGGAAGCCAGGAGGUGGUGUUCGCCGAGAGCCCUGUCAAGCCUCACCAGCGCAUGACGCUCACCUUGCCGCUUAUCAACCGAGCCAAGCAGGUCUCGGUGCUUGUGAUGGGGAAGGGCAAGCAUGAUAUUGUGACCGUGGUCAGCCGGGCGGGGCAUGAACCCAAGAAAUGGCCCAUUUCUGGGGUCAACCCCAGUUCCGGGCAGAUUGCCUGGUAUGUGGACUAUGAAGCUUUGCUCGGCUGAUGUUUCAUUAGCAGCUUCACCUCAUCCUUCCAUGUUGCUGUCAGGUCCUUCUGUCUUUGCAUUAUGGCUCAUUCUGUCCUCACGGGAGUCUUGCUCUCUGGAGGUGUGAAGACCCACUGGCUGGCUGUUAAAGAUGAGGGGAUCAGAAUUUUCUUAGUGGAUCGGCCCAGGGUCCAUCCGGUCCCACAUUCUGUAUCCUACAGCAGCCACCCAGGUCUCCUCAGCACCCAGGAGAUACGCAAUCAGGGAUGGGGGUGAUGAUUUAUCCUGAAGUUUGUCCCCCAACUAUUAGUACCACUGUCUCUGCACAUGAAGGCUUCAUGUGGCUAUCAUGGCUAAGAGCCAUGGUAGCCUUGCCCUCUCCCAUGAGCUUAUCUGCUCUAAUUCCUGAAAGCACUCUAAGGUGGUAGCCAUCAUUGCAUCCUGUGAGGGAGAGUUCCAUAGGUUAAUAAUUCAGGCUUGGAAACUUAUGAGCAAGGCGUUUGAGUGCCAAGUGACAAUUUUCCAAUUCUUCCUCCUGCUUGAAGUCAAGCUUCUUUACCACUGUGUGCCUCAGUUUCUCUGAGAGAGAGGGAGAGAGAGAGAAGGGGUUUAUAAAUGACCUACCCUGCAGAGAUGGCCUACAACCUCUUCUGAUGAUUUCCCUUUGUUUCAUUGGUCCCUUGAAGGACCGUUUGGACAUUUGCCAGCAGUUUUACCCUACAGUAAAUGGCUCAAGAUCUUUGCAGCACUGAAAAUGUGUGUAUUGCGUAUUUUAAAGAGGCCUGGUUUUCUGAAUACAUUAUACAAAUUAAGCAUGUAUGCAAAAACAUGCAUGCCUCUUGCGUAACUUGCUUCUGCUGAGGCGACCUGCUUCAGGUCAUCUGAGGCUUCCGAGAUCUCACUGGGCAUUGUCCACUCCUUACAAGGAGUGUCGGCACACCAGCCAUUCCCAAACCUACGUAGCAUCCCCAACCUAUGUGGCUUGACCCUUCAGCAAGCCUAACUGAAAGAGACCCCUGCUUUGUUCAGUGGGGCUUACUCCCAGGAAGGUCUGCAGGAAGUUGCCACUUUUGAUUUGAUGUGGGUCAACUUGCCUAAGCCAACCCAUUUGGGCCACUAGGUGGUGCUGUUGCACAGGUCUCGAUUUGCCUGGGUACAGAAUUGGUAAUUGGUAUAAUAAUUCGUGUUUGGCUUUGUGCAAGGUGAACAAGACCUUCAGGACAAUGUGGAGGCCUUCCCUGGAAGCUUGUCUGGGGAUGCACAGGAAGAUCAGUGGUGGAGAGCAAGCAUGGCUGUUGGUACCGAUCUUUCCGCCCAUGUGCCACUGGAGGCACAACCGGUGCAAUGCACAAACUGAGCGUGCACUCAGAAUCCUCCGCAAUGUGCUGGCUUGUUUGUUUUUCUUUGCAAACAUGCAGAGGUUCCUUGGUAGAGCAGCAGCUACUCAUACAGAGACCUAACAGGCGACUCCUCUGCGGGUGGGUCAAAUGAGCAGUAUGUCUCUGCAUUAGCCGCGACUGAAGGAUGCGGUCAUGCGUGAUCCAUCCCCAACAGAGGUUGAUUGGAAUGAGGAAAGAUCAGAACAGGAAAUCACACAGAGGAGCAGUAGGCAGCCUGUGGAAAUUACUGCUCCGAUAUAAAGAAUGUGCCUUAUAUAAAUACUACCAAACUCUGAAAGGGUUUUGUCUCUCCAGAGAGAUGCAGACACAUAUCUGACUUUCUGUGCAAGGUCAGCCAUGGCAUUUAAUUCUACUGAUGCUCUUUAAACAAAAUGCCCUCCGUGUUUGCUCAGAGGAAUCAAUUGUUGAGUGGUUUUAUAUGUCUUCUUUUUUCUUUUUAAAUGAACACUGGAAAUAAAGUUUUAUUUUUAUAAAUCAAAAUGCAAAAUAAAGCUUUUCUCUAUUUAGCAAA